GAUACCAACGAAGAAGAAACAUCGAAGGUGGCAACAGAAGGCGGCGAAGAAGAACGAGGAGAAUGCUAAUCGGAAAAUAAGAGAGACGGGUUCUGUUUAGUUAACGUUAAAACAACGCUGUUACCUCGAACUGCUCCUCUUGAACAGAGCUGCAUCAUAACCGCUAAACUAUGACAGAGCCUCAGUCAGCGCUGUUACUCAGGAGACAGCUCGCAGAGCUAAACAAAAACCCAGUGGAGGGAUUCUCAGCAGGCCUAAUCGAGGACAAUGACCUGUACAGGUGGGAGGUCCUCAUCAUCGGGCCUCCAGACACACUCUAUGAGGGCGGUGUGUUUAAAGCUCAUCUGACUUUUCCCAAGGACUACCCCCUCAGGCCACCUAAAAUGAAAUUUAUCACAGAUAUUUGGCAUCCAAACGUUGACAAGAACGGAGACGUAUGCAUUUCUAUUUUGCACGAACCGGGCGAGGACAAGUACGGCUACGAGAAACCAGAGGAGCGCUGGCUGCCCAUCCACACUGUAGAAACCAUCAUGAUUAGCGUUAUCUCUAUGCUGGCAGACCCAAAUGGUGACUCGCCAGCCAACGUGGACGCUGCAAAAGAGUGGAGGGAAGACAGACACGGAGCAUUCAAAAGGAAAGUCGCUCGUUGUGUACGAAAAAGCCAAGAGACAGCGUUUGAGUGAUAUUUAUCAAGGAUCUAGCUUCUUUUCUGUUUUCAGGGUCUCCAAUUUGAAAUUCAAGAUGGCACUGUUUCCUGCACUCUUCCAUCCUGUCGCCAGGCUUGUCCUCCUUCAUUUUUGGCUGGAACAGACUGACAACUGUAGGGUGCAAUAUAACAUUAAAGUGACUACCGAAGCUGACAGAAAAAAAAAAAAAGCCAAGCAAGUGCCAACAUACAAAAAAAAUAUAAAAUAAAAUAAAAAAUAAAUAAAUAAAAGAAAACAUGCACCCAGAAGAUGUUCAAACAUUUUUCAAGUUUCUGAACUGCUUCAACAUUCAGGAUGAUAUUGUAAAGACAUGUACAUAGAACAGACUCAACCGGAUAAUAUAUACGCUCCGUUUUCAUCCAUCAAGACCUUUUAGACCAAAUAUUUAGUGCUGGUUCGGACAGAUUUAUUUUUGUCUUUUUCUUCUCUCAACUCCAGCAUGCGUUAGACGUCAUUAGGUUGCUUUCCGCAGGAGGUCUUAAACAGAACAAAUCAUUGUUGGAGGAACGUCGUCUGUGAAGAGGCUGUUUUUGAGUGACACACGAGGAACACGCCUGAGGAUUACCGCCUGAAUAAAAUGGAAUGGAUUUUACAGCCAUCCCAGAUCUCACCUCAUCACAUGUAAACCUGGAUUAUGCUGUCUUUCUUUUUUCUUUCUUUUUUGCCUCUGAAGUCUUACCAUAUUUUAAUUUGGCGCAAAGAAACAUCACAGUGUUAUUUUGUUGUGCAUGCUGUGCUUUUUUUUUUUUGUUUUUCUUUUUCAAAAGUGCCUCCUAAUAAAAUGCUUGGCCACCUCCCCCCUUUACCUCCACAAGGGUUCAAAGUGUUGAAAUAACAUUAAAGAAGUUGUCAUAUCCUGCCUAUAUUGGGAUUCUAUAAUUAGGGUGUUUGUGACAAUUUUCUGUAGCAAUAAGCCUCCUGGUAUAAAUUGUACAAGUUAAUUUUUAUCUGCUGAUGCAAUUCGAAAUCCUAUUCCUCAAUAUAUAUAUAUUUUUUUUAUUAUUAUUUUAGCAGCGAUUUGUUUCUUUUUCUGUGUUCAUUGUAGGAGCUGUUAUGCAUGCUUUUUGGGUGUUUUUUUUUUUUUUUUUUUUUUGGUUUGAAAAUGUCUGAGUGUUGACGAACAAAGUGCGCCUGCCAAUUUUGUUUCGGCGCCCUUUGCCCUUAUUCACACAUUUCUGAUAAUUCUACCCUCUGAUCUAGCGCAGUUUUGCUCAAUGUACAAAACAAAAUACUGAUGUAUAUUUUUCUUCUUAUGGAAUCUGUCACCUGUAGUGAGUUCUUCUAAAACAUGACCUUUUUUUUU